UUACAGCAUUCCAGAUAACAUAUGAGGGUUUGACCUAACUUUAAUAUCGUUGUUAAUUAAUUAUAUAUUUAAAUUGACUGACUAACAAAUAUUUUGUAAUUUUUCAGGGCUUAUGUAAAAAAUAAGUAUUGCAUAUAGUUCAUGUCCUAAUUACGUUAGCGUAGGUUGCAUCGGGUCAUAAAUCGAUGCAGCUGAAAUCGACUCGGACAACACGACCUUGGUCCGGGAGAGAGGGUGGGGGAGAUCUAGGCUGCUUGUUUGUACCUGAACGACGCAAUACUCGCUAGUACAUUUUAAAUCACCCGGGCGGCACCUACAUACGCAUAGCCUAACUCGCGACUGUGCUCAUAAAACCAUACAAAAUUUAAAUACUCAUUAACAUUCAUACAAUCACAUACACAUUAGUUUCGCAACAACAUCUCCAUCCGAAUCGCAACAACAUCCAUAUAUUGCGAUGAUGGUUUACUACCGAAUUUAUAAAUCUAAAAAGCCGCGGCCGGUGACGAUGGGGCCGCCCCGGGCGCCGCCGCCGCUGGGGCCGCCCCGACCGCCGCCGCUGAUGCCGCCGCCUCCUCGGCCUCCGGUAAAAAUGAACAGUCGCAGUAGUGUUAAAGAAAAAUUGGUGAAAUUCCCAACUGAAAUCUCUACACUGAACCAACUGGAAGCUAAAGACGGUCUGCUGAGUUUUUCCUUUGAUCACAUCUACGCCUGCCCGUCGGAGAGUAAGGAGUUAGACCCAGAGAGUGUAGAAGAAGUAGAAGAGAAGGUCGAUGUGAGCUCCUUGACCAUCGAGGAAACUGUGAUCGCGCCCCCCGUGCCGCUGCCCCCCGCGCCGGUCUCCUCGGACCUCAACGCCCAGCUCACCACCACACAACAACAGAACAAAAACCUGAAAGCACUCAUUGUCUACCACCUCGACUUGAUACAGCAGCAAAACGACAUCAUCUCAAAGACAGAAAAGAAACUAGUAACCAUUCGCCAGGAGAAUGAAACAUUAAAAUCCAGGCUGCAGCGUAUGGACAGGAGGGUGACACUGAACCAGCGUCACUCCAGUAACCCACCACCGUUGGUCCAUGUCGCUGGUGUAACUCAACCACCAGUCAAGACUGAGACUGUCACUAAUUCAUCACAGGUUAUGCUGAACAGCAUUACUGAGUUUCUGCUACCAGAGCCACGCACCAACUCAUUCAUUCUUGAUGGUUCGGACAUCAAUAAAAUAAGCACCUACACACAGGAUUAUUCGCUAAAAAGUGCUUCAGAGAAAGAUGUGCCAAGUCUCCUACCAUCUGAUUUUUUGGUAACUCCACUUCACGAAAAUAAAAAAAUAACACCACCAGGACCCCCAGACUUCAAAAUGGUGGAAAAGAAGCGUAUGUUUGGUAAGACUGAGACAAAGACAGAACUUCGUCCGGAGCAACUGUAUGCAGUGACUGCCAACAGUGUUAAUCCAGCGAUACAAAAAAUGCAGAGGAACCGUAGGAGGACUGCUCCCACCACCACCAUCACCAAACCUCCUGCCAAGAGUCCAGCACCGGUCAAGCUGGAAAUACCGGAAACCAUCACUAAUCCGUACGACGAAGACAAGAUGUUUGACCGCAACUUCACCGUGAACAAAAAAUCCAAAAUGAUCAACACAUACGGCAAGUCUCGCAACGGGAACAACAAGCUUCCUCCUCCGCCGCCGCCGAAGCCGCAGCCGCCGCCGCCGCCGCCGACCACGCCGCCCGCGCUCGAGCACGAGCCUCUCGACCCGGAGUACACCGCCCUGUCCGACCGCCUGCAGCUCGUCGACCCCACGCCCACCGGAGUAGACCCCUACCAGCUGUGCGACGAGGAUCUGCGCGACCAGUCGCCCAUUCCCAAGCUGAUGCUGCUGAAGAACAACCAGGGCCGCAUGCAGGUGCGAUCCGCCGCGCCCGCCGCCUCGCGCCCCAUCUACGACCCCGCGCCCCCCAUCUACGAGCCCGUGCCCCCCCCCAUCUACGAGCCUGCGCCCCCAGAACCAGAGGACCCCAACAAGAUCUUCACCAAGAUCAAACUCAACAAGUACAAUCUCACCAACACGUACAUGCAUCCUGAUGAAAUCAAGAAGGAGGACGUUGACUCGGGCGACGAUGACGACCCAGACCUUGACAUCGUUAAGACAGAGCCGGAAAUCGAUUGGCGCAUAUACACGACUAAGUCCGGCCCAGCGACCAGCCUCUGCGAUUUUUCCUACGGGGAGACACAAAACCUGACUUUGCCGCAGCUUAACUCGAUGGAGAUACAAAGUAUUCUGAAUACCGACUCACCGCUGUUUCAAGAUGGUAUUUCUCAGGAUGAAUUCAAUUUUAAAGAUAAAAAACCCCCAGAAGUCAUUAUUAAAAAACCUAUCAAACCUGGCAGUCCGUAUGUUGAUGCUUUAAAGGAUGCCACUUCGCUCUUGAAGCCUCCAGAACGGAAGGGAAGGAAGCGCGCUCUUUCCACCACCAACAUCUUGAAGAACAUGAAGAAAGAAAUGGCGCCAAAGGCACCGCCACCACCGAAACCAAAGAUAAUUAGGCCCAAAAAAGCUCCAGCUAAGCCCAAGAAGGCGCCCGUGCCUGGCUUCAUGACGAAGAAGCCGUACCACACCCAGGUCGGCGGCCCCGACGUGUCCUGGUACCUGGGCCUGGACCCCGACAUCAAGCCCGAGGAUGUGGACCCGCCAGCACCCGUCAAGAACACUGUUGAGGUGCCCCGUUGGCGCGAGAAGAUCAUCACAGGCGCGUACUGCGCCGACGUCGAGGAGGACCUCGACGACAAGGUGUUCGAGAAGCGACACCAGAAGCUGGAGCUGGAGGAGAGGCGCCAACUGCGGUGGCAUAUGCGUCGAAUCCGCGAGCAGCGGCAUAUUGAGCGGCUGAGACAGCGCCAGCGCGAUUCGUGGUCCACCAAUCAGCAACCGUCUACAUUCACUGUCUGGCCCCAGCCCCAACGCGAUGUCAGAUUUAUCGAGAUCACUGACACAUUGCCGGUCACGGCUUUGGGCGAGCCCAUGCCCGCUCUCCCCAAGAAGGACUUCGUAUUGCCGUGGGUUAGAACAUCGAAGGCUCAAAAGAGAUCCAAAAGAUCUAAAACGCUUCACUGAGAACAGACUAUGGCACUAGACAGCUGGCUGCGCGACAAUCUCAGCAAAGAGUACUGGGAGCGACGGGCGGACCCCUCCAAGAGAAGCGCCGGCGGUUUAGGUGAUGAGCCCCUAUUUUCUUCUUCACUGUUUUAAAUGAACUUGCGAACGUUACUACGAUGUGGAAAAAUAUGCGACUGUUCAUGUUUGUGCUCGCGUUACAGUGAAACGCUUGUGUUGUUGUUUGACGAACUUUUGACACGCAAAAUUUAAUCAUGGCUGUUUUUGAAUUAUUUUUAUUUUGUGGAGCUUGCCUUUAUGGUUUGUAAAUAGCAUAUUUUAUUAGAUAACAUGGAUGGAUUGAAAAAAAAAACGAAUGGACUGAAAAUUGUAAAUAUGGUAUAGGUUUGAGGUUGACUGAGACACACGAUAGGUAUUUUCAAGUAUUUACAUUAUUAUUGCGUCAUUAAGUAAACAAAGCUUACUGUAUAAAGAUGGGGCAUUUUGGAGGUUAAUAAAAUAACUACCUACUUUAUAAAAAUAACCGUCUGUAUGCUGUCAGAUAUUCUUGCUAUGAAGUAUCAAACAUUCAAAUUGCUAUGGGAUACGAAAACAAUAUGAAACAUAGGUUUUUAAAUAUCAUAUUUUAGAAUUUCAGUGUGUAGGACAUCUCUCAAGUAGUAGCUCUGGCUUAAACUAAAAAAACACAAAUGCCGGACCUCUUACUAUAUUAAACGUUAGGUACUAUAAUACUUAUUAUUUAUAAUAAAAUUUAAUUACAAUAUCGUAAGAUUUUAUGAUAAAGAACGUGAUGAGUUUAUGAUUGAAUGGAUUUUGACAUAUUAUUUAGUUUAUACCUAGGCUACCUGCCUACCUAUUAUUAAUGAAUCAUUGUGAUUUUAUGUUGUAAGGUUUAUAUUUUGUGUCGAUUUUUUUACUUAUUACGUAUCAAUUAUUUGAUUGAUACUUACCUUAAAUUUUUCAUGUUUUGUCACAAACAAUGCUGCUGCAAACUCAAUUGAUUAAUUUGUGGCAAAACAUGUAUUACGAGAUUGCUCUUGAAUAUUUUACAAUUAGUAAACAUGUACCUGAGUAUAAAUUCAUUUCGUUCGUAUAAAUUGCUUUGUUUUUACGAUGGAUAUGACUGUAUUUUUUUGUAUAAGUAGGUAUAAAUUGAAUUGGUAUUGUUUUUUGAAUAGGAAGCGGUUUGUAAUGUUUGCCCUUUAAUGAUUUCUUCGCCACAUAAUUAUGCUGUUUGAAUGGAGUUAAAAAGUUAUCGUUAAGUUAUUAAUUAGCUAAUAACUACAAUGUUUGAUCUCAUUUUCGUUUUAAAAUGAGUGUUUUAAUCUAAGUAAGUAUCUAAUAUGUGUCUAAUAUGACUAUGACUGUUUGUACAUUAAGGUUGUUUGUAAUGUUCCAUGUUAAAAGUAGUAAAGUAUCACUUAUGCAGCCAUAUACAAUCUCUGAUUAUCACCUAAUAUCUUAUAAAGAUAAUUAUCAAAUUUAUCGGAAAUAGUAGAAGCUCAGCGAAUCAAUCCUACGAGUUGGAUUGGCUUGUUUUCGAUAUAAUUAUAUUAUUAAUAUGUAAUUGAAUUAUGUAGGUACCUAAUUAGGACUCUUGAAAUAAAGGUACGAAAUGAAAAUUUUAUUACAGUGUCACAUUUUUGCAUAAUAUCGAGUCGAACUUAAUUAUGGUGGCUGUGCGAACAGCAUUCGCUGAGAACAAUAUUAUAUUACUACCCUCGGCUACUGUACUCAAACCAUUUUAAUUUACUUACUGUAAAUUAAAUAUAGCCCAAAUUUUCAGUGGCAAGUUCUACAAUAGAUUCAAUCUUUGCCGUCGGUAGAUAAAAUUAAUAUGAUCUGAUACAGCAUUGUUGUUAUUUAUACAAAUUCAUAAGUGUAAUUUAUUCAAUUUAUAGUAAGUAUUUCGAAACAUAAGUAAGUGACUAAAGUAAUAGACAUUAUAAAUAUUAUUAUGUAUUUGAAUUAAUUCGCGUAACGUAGUCGUCAAUCGUUUUUACAAUAAGAGCUACAAAUAAACCAGUCUUAAUUCACGGAAAAUAUAAUUAUCAAACGUACAUGCACCUUUGCUCGUUAGUAAAACAAUUUAUGCAAUAUGUACUUUAAAAAUGACAAAAUUACAAAUUUAGAUUCUGAUAUUUUGAAACGUAAUUUAUAAUGGUAAUUAAUUAGUGGAAAUUGAAAUUAUUAUACCAAAUAAUGUUAAUGGUUAUAAGGCUAAAUGUACAUUUCCGUUAAAUUAAUUUGAUGUGUCCAUUGAUUGCUUAAUAAGAUAGAAAUAAGAAUUUAAAUUAUAAUUUACUGUAGGAAUCGCAUUAUUUAUAAUUUGCCGUUAUCCGCUUCUUAUAGUUCCAUGCAUAGUUAGUAGGAAUCUUACUCAAGUAAGGAAUACAUUAUAAUGAGUAGUUAGUAAAGUAAAAAGCCGACGUCGACAUUAAUUAUUGUGUAUAGGAUACGAUCGUAGAACAAUGAUAUAAAAAAACUGUAUAUAAUAAAUAAGUUAUUUCUUCAGCAUAAUAGGUCACCUGAUAUGUUUUUGGUGGAAUAACAAGAAAUUCAAUGAAAGUAACGGCAUUGUUUGGUCGGCACAUAAAUAAAUGCACUUUAGUACCGACACAACUGAGUUAGCUUCGUUCUUAACUGAGAACCUCAAGCAAAGUAGAGCUUGAGACAAAUACAGUAUGAUAUUCAGCUCUGUAAUGCUGUAAUGUCAUUGGACAGGGAUUCAAGAUAAUGCCUACUUUAGUAUCUAGCUCAAACGAGAAACCUGGGUCUAAGGGACAAAACUCCACAUAAUGAAUAGUAAAUAAAUUCAAUCAAUUAAAUACAAUACCUAUAAUGAUAGUCUUUAAAUGCCUAGAAUGGCCUAAUUGGUAAAACCAUAACAGGUGUAAGGGCUCACGUUAGUAAGUACAGUAACUUCUCAUAUCUUUUAAGAGUCACUUUUUUAUAUCUGUUCUGUGGUUUUCUACUUUGACUUUACACUUCUUAUUUGCGUCGGCGUCGUUUUAUAACGUCACAGAAAUAUCCAAAACUAUGUUAUGAAUUACUAACUAUGUUGUCCGAACAUUUUAAAGUGCAUGUAGUUUAAAUUAAUAUUAAAAGCUAGCUUAAUUUCAUUGUAAAAUAAGUCAUUAGAUUAUAGUGUUUGUGUAUUGCUCGGCGUAUUUACUACUCAGUAUUGUAUUCAUGCAUAGAAUUGAAGAUAAUAAUUUUAAAUAUUCACAAUUAUUGAAUUGUAUGUCUAUUGUUCAGUAACCAUCAUAAAUAUGUUAGGUUUAUGGAAUUAUAAUGUAUCUAUAGAAAAUAUAAAUAAUAGUAAAUUCAUAAAAUUACAGCAAGAACCUACAUUUUAUUGAAACUUUGUUACCAUAAUAUGUUUAUGAUGGUGACUGUACUUAAUUGGUUAGAAUAGAAUAUAAUUACAAUUAUAGUUAAAAACAUAUUUAUUUAAUUACAUAAAAAUCCCUUUAAAUAACAUUAUUGUAAAUAAUUUAUGUCAUAUUGUAUGAACUGUCUGUCUUUAGACUCUAAAACCUUUUCAUGUUAUGAAUUUAAAAUAUAUAAAAAUAAUUAAUAAUUAUGAAUUUCAGUGGCACAUUACGAUUUCUUAAAAAGUAAUUACUAGAAAAAAAUCACAAUUGUUUAAUAGCUACUUAAGAAGUAAUACAUAAUAGUAUUGUGUACUCAUUUAAUAUCACAAUGGGUUUAUGCCAAUUUCUGCAACAUAGGUAGGUAAAUACCUUAUUUAUUUUCAAAAGUAACCUGAAUGUUAGAUUCCCAUAAAUAAAUAAAAUACUCCCACCCGUGAAAUUUAACAAAAUGGCGUAAGUAGUAAAUAGUGUAGUUAUGAAAAUAGAUACAGUUGUUGGAAUAAUGAAUUGUUUAGGCUGGUCGAUGAUGAUGCUUCUCUGUCUCGCUAUGUAACAUUUUCCAUUCAGAUUUCGUCAUUUUUUUGGAACACUGUGAUAGGUAGGCCGUAGUAGGUUAUUAACGAUUUGUAGGCAAGUAUGAGAUUUCAAAACUACACUAUGCUUUUUCGAUUCCCAUAAUUUAGACAAAUGUCUUCGUCAUUUUUGCCACGAAUUUGGACUUAAUUUUCUAUAUUUCUCACGUCUUAAAUUGUUUUAUCUUUAUAGUAAUCAAUUAUUCUCAAAGAAAAAUUGAUUUUAGUUUACCAAUUUGGUUAGGUAGUUUUAUUUGUUAUAGAUGUGUAAUUAAUGUAUGUAGUGAACAUUGUGGCAUUUAUUAAAAUAUCUCCCAAAAUGUAUGUUUAGUAUCUUGUUUAUGAAGUGUUGUACUAUGUAAAUAUACAUGGUUGAACAUUUAGAACGGUGUGUAUGGGAACGUCUGAAACUAUCAAGAUCUCUGAGGCCUAGUUCCUCCCUCGAAUAAGCAUGAACUUAAGUUCUACUCAACGACGUAUGUUUCAUGUUAUUUUCUCAUGACUUCGUCACAUCACAUCAUCGCUUUAUGAUACAAUUUCAAACCUUUCUGUAAAAAAUCAUCGUAGGUUCAUCGAAACAAGACUUCAUAUAAUAUUGAAAAUUACAUUGAUGACAUUCAGCGAUGAUAUUCGAAUUUCUUACGGAAUCACCUAGAAAGUAUGUCUUAUAGUUUCGGACUUUGCUGUACUGUCCGUUCUAAAUAUUACACCCUGUAUAGCUCUAUGUAAUUUUUGUUCUCUGUAACUUUUGAUUUAUUACGAAUUAAUGUGAUACUUCAGAUUAAGCUGUAUAAGUACAUGGAAUAAAGGACCUUUCAAUGUAGAA